GGAAUCCCCGGCUUCUGGGGCGGCUAGUGGCCGAGCCGGGUGGAAAACGCGUGGGGUAGGAAAGAAGAGCUGAGCGGCCGCUCCUGCGCCGGACUCCGUCGGCCGACCGCAGUUCCUCGCCAGCGGGCACCCUGACUGUGGGCACCUGCGCGGGGAGCGGCGCCGAGCCGCUGGGCGGCGGCGGCAUGAAGGUCACGUCGCUCGACGGGCGUCAGCUGCGCAAAAUGCUCCGCAAGGAGGCGGCGGCGCGCUGCGUGGUGCUCGAUUGCCGGCCUUACCUGGCCUUCGUUGCCUCGAGUGUGCGCGGCUCGCUCAACGUCAACCUCAACUCGGUGGUGCUGCGGCGGGCCCGCGGGGGCGCGGUGCCGGCGCGCUACGUGUUGCCCGACGAGGCAGCGCGCGCUCGGCUGCUGCAGGAGGGCGGCGGCGGCGUGGCAGCGGUGGUCGUGCUCGACCAGGGCAGUCGCCACUGGCAGAAGCUGCGCGAGGAGAGUGCCGCCCGCGUCGUGCUCACCUCGCUGCUCGCCUGCCUGCCCGCCGGCCCGCGGGUCUACUUCCUCAAAGGGGGAUAUGAGACCUUCUAUUCGGAAUAUCCAGAGUGUUGUGUGGAUGUAAAGCCCAUUUCACAAGAGAAGAUCGAAAGCGAGAGAGCCGUCCUCAACCAGUGUGGGAGAACAGUGCUCAACCUCAGCUACAGGCCAGCUUAUGACCAGGGUAGCCCAGUUGAAAUACUUCCCUUUCUCUACCUUGGAAGUGCCUACCACGCAUCCAAGUGCGAGUUCCUUGCCAACCUGCACAUCACGGCUUUGCUGAAUGUCUCACGGCGGACCUCUGAGGCCUGCACAACCCACCUACACUACAAAUGGAUCCCCGUGGAAGACAGCCACACAGCUGACAUUAGCUCCCACUUUCAAGAAGCAAUAGACUUCAUUGACUGUGUUAGGGAAAAGGGAGGCAAGGUCCUGGUCCACUGUGAGGCUGGGAUCUCCCGCUCACCCACCAUCUGCAUGGCUUACCUCAUGAAGACCAAGCAUUUCCGCCUGAAGGAGGCCUUCGAUUACGUCAAGCAAAGGAGGAGUGUGAUCUCACCCAACUUUGGCUUCAUGGGUCAACUCCUGCAGUAUGAAUCUGAAAUCCUGCCUUCCAUGCCCACCCCCCAGACUCCCUCCUGCCAAGGGGAGGUGGCAGGCUCUUCAUUUCUAGACCAUUUGCAGACAUUAAGCUCUGACGUGCAGGGCUCCUACUGUACAUUUCCUACCUCAGUGCUGGCACAAGUGCCCACCCACUCGACGGUCUCAGAGCUCAGAAGGAGCCCAGUGGCCACAGCCACAUCCUACUAAAUCCAGGACGGGGAGCCAGCCCAGCCCCAAGAGCAACUGUGAUUCUGAUUUUUAAACUUGCGGACAUUUUAUACCUGUGCAAUACUGAAGACCUCACUCUGUCACACUGUCCCAGUGGGGUAGUGAGGGGUCACCAGUUGCAAAUGGACUUCAGACUGACCUUGGGGAUAGGCUCUUGGGACCGAAGGAAGGCCAAGCCAUUAUGCGAGCACAGCGUGUGCUGACUACUGUACUUCCAGACCCCCUGCCCUCUCAGGACUGCUCAGUCCUUGCACCUCAACAUUCGCCUUUUCAUUUCAAGCGUAAGGCAAUAAAUACCUGCAGCAACGUGGGAGAACGCAGUUGCUGGACCAGGAGGAAAGGCAGUUACAAGCCAAUUCAUUUUGAAGGAAGCACAAUUUCCACCUUAUUGUUUGAACUUUGGCAGUCUCAGUGUCUGUCUCUGUUGCUUCAGGGCAUAAGCUGAUCACCAUCUAGUCAGGAAAGUAACCCCACUGGGUUUGUAGGUCUACGGGUAUGAACCAUCCCAAUAGGAAUGUUGCUUUCCUAUUGAGGUGCUUCCCUAAGCUCACU